AUGGAGGACGUGAGACGCUCAUGGAAGGCGUUGACUCCAGCGAUGAAGACGACGGCGACAUCUCUAAACCCCAGACCGACGAGCUAGCUCUUCUGGACGACGACGACAGCAUGGACCCACAAGACCCGGAGGAUGAGAUACAGGGAAUGGAGAUCCCGGCAGGCUUUCGUAUUCAAGAAGCUAACCCCGUUGCUCUUGACAGAUUGCUUUUGCGGCGUGGAGUGCUUGUUAGGCUGGGCAUGGGGUGGUUUGGAGGGUUGAUUAUUCAGGAAGCUCAGCAGGACACUCGCCACCUGUACGACUACUAUUUGUGUGCAGCUGGAGCUAGACCAGAGUACGCGCAAGAUGAAGUUGCCAUUAUAGACAAGUACAGCGGAGAUUCGGAUGCGGCUGUAAGCUCCUGGGUUUUGCUUGAGAGCAUUAGUAGAUCAGGAAGGGCACGCAGGACCAACGUCACCCUUGUGGACCAAGAAGGUUGACAGUUGCUGCUCCAUGCCUUGGUAUUUUCUUGUAUCGACAGCUGUUGCUCAUGGUUGACAGCCGACAAUAUAGCAAAUGAUGUUAAAAUACUGUAACAACAAGAACGCCCCUUUCUGGAGAAGAAUAAUGGACGACGAAAUAAGAACUCGGCAAAUAAGAACUAGUGCUCGGGUUGGGGCAGCCAAUACGAACUGAGCCUCGCCCAAAAUAGGAGGUUCUUAAGUGCGGGCC